CGCUUCCAGCAUAUGAAGUCGCUUCUUCUAUCAACUCAAUAUAACACCCUCUUCCUCUUCCUCUUCCCUCUCCUAAUCCUCGUUUUUCGACAAAAUCCCUCGCUCCAUACACCACCCUCAAAAUGGGUGGAUCAGCCUUCACCAACCUCUACACCCCUCGCAUGCCACCACAAAUCUACAACCUCAUCCUCAGCCAAACCCUGUCCACAGUCCAAAAGCACUUCACGAAUGUCUCAUCGCCCAUCUCCGCUCCAGGCAAGCUCGAUUACGGAGACGUCGACAUCCUGUGUUUCGGACCCCUGACACCAUCUUACAACCCUGCCGCAACACCAAAUGCAACAGUUACGGAAACUAUUGCGAAGGAAUUGGGUGCUAAGGCGUGGAUUGUGGGCAAGAAUGGACAGGCUAUGAAUUUGGCUAUUCCGUGGCCUCAAGAUGAUGACAGCUCAGAAAUCUCGUUUGAGAAAGGUGGUGAGGAGGAACAGGCUACCAAAGACGAGGAUGACCAGAAAGAGAAAUUCAUCCAGCUGGACAUCCACAUCCUCCCCACCCUCUCCUCCUACAAUUGGGAACUCUUCCACUCCGCGCACGGCGACCUCUGGAACAUCCUCGGCAGUACGAUCCGUCGAUUCGGUCUCACAGUCAACAAUCUAGGACUCUUCCUCCGCAUCCCUGAAAUUGAACUCCAAGACCGCAAGAAGAGCAUGGUGUUCCUUACUGGUGAGCCUAACACGAUCCUAGAGUUCCUAAGACUGGAUAGUGCGAGAUGGUGGAAGAGUUUUGAGAGUCAAGACGAAAUGUUUGGGUAUGCGGCGGGAUGUAGGAUGUUCUGGGUUAAAGAGAAACUGGAAGUUGGUGAAGCGGAGGGAGAUGUCGUUGGUGAGAUUCCGGCUGAGAUCUCCGUCGAGUCUCCUCAAAAUGGAGACAGUAAUGGGAGUGUGAUUGAAGGCCAGGAAGGCGGUAAAGCAGGCAAGAAGAAACUCAAGCACAACGACCGCCAACGCCUGGAGAAGCGUCCUAUUUUCCGCUCUUGGAUCGAGGAUUUCAUCCCUAAAUGUCGCGAUCAAGGUCUUUACCUCGCUGAACAAACUUCUCGCGAGCAGAUCCGCGAUGAAGCUUUUGAGAAGUUUGGAGUUAAGGAUGAGUAUGAGUCCAGAUUGAAGGAAUGGAAUCUGGAGAAACACAAGGAUGAGCUGUGGAGAGGUGUCAUUAAAGCAAGUGUGCCUGUUGAGGGUGUAGAUCCACAGUUCCGAGCAGCUAGCGUGAAGUAUCUGAAGGGAGUGAUCAUGGAAGGAGGAAUUUGGGAGGGGAAGACGGUGAAGGCCAGUGAGAGGGAUGAAGAUGGGAGGUGGGAUUUUGAGGAGGUGAAGAAGUUUGUGGUGGGGAAUUGGGAGGAGGCGGGCAGAUUGGGGAUGGAGAUUCAGCAGAAGAAGGCGGUGGAGAAUAUGAAGGCUAGGGAUGAGAAGAAGGCGAAGCUUGCGGGACUUGAGGGGCAGGAGAAGGAGAAGACAGAUUGGCAGGUGGAGGAGCGAGUUAUUGCGUAAAUGGGCCGUGAUUAUGAAGGCGUCUGCUGCUGGGAAAUUGGAGUUUGCUUGGGAUGUCAUGGGAUGGAGCAUUUGAUACCCCAUUAGUUCAUUCUUUCUGGGCUCUUGUAAUCAGGCCAAGCUGAACCACAGCUGAUUCAUCUGUGCAAAAUGAAUUAUGUAGAAUAUGAGUUAUGAAGAGC